AUGCAGCGGUUUUUUUCAUCAAAGGCGGCAAAGCCGGUGAACAAGUUAGGCGAUGUUCCGAAGGUUAUAAAGAAAAUCAAAUCCAAAGACUCUUCGCCACCACCAAAUGGGAACCCCUGGUCGCCGCCAUGGCUGAAAUGGAAAGAGAUCAAAUCAGAGAGCAGAAAGUCCCAAGAGGCCAAAGAACCGGCCGCCAGUGAAGCUAAAGAAGAGCCCGUCACAAAUUUGGCCUUCACUCUAGACUCAGAUAAAGUGGAACUGACACCUGUCGAAGCAGAUACCCCCCAAGUCCCUCCAUUGGCUAAUGGAGUCGACCGGGCUCUUUUCAAUCCAGGCGUACAGUUUCUCAAGGAUCCUCGGACUAAUGUUUACAACUUCACCCCCAAGAUUGAAGAAAUCAUGUCGAUCCGUGAUUUCGAUUUCACUUGUGUUCCAAAGUACGUUCCAAGCGGUAGCGAUAAUGCUCUAUCGAGUCUGGCACAGACCCGGGCCAAAACGUUCACUGGGUCAACUAGCAGUUUGACUCCGCUACUAGUUAAAAUACACAUGGCUUUGUCGAACAAUCGGCCCCCGCAAACCAUGAAUUUAUCCAAAUUUUUCCCCAACAAGACGACAACUUUCAGCUCGAGCCAGCGCGGUCCAGUAUCGUUCUUCCUAAAAUACCAUCCAGAAACGAAAACGUAUUCUGUUGGUGCAGACGAUUCUGAUUCUGACGAUAUCAUUUUGACCUUGCUGGGCCAGACGAUGGAGAAAAUGCUUGUCACAGACGCAGACACUUUUGCAUUGUUUGACAAACGUAAAAGCCAUGCGGUUCCGCCCGAGCUCAAGGAGGACACCAAUGCCUACCAUUACAGUGAGUGUGGUAAUUUUGUCAUGAGAUCGCAGCUGGACUGCUACGAUUCAAGACUGCCGGGUACGGGCAUGUUUGACUUAAAAACCCGAGCGGUUUGUGCGGUAAGAUACGAUAUCGAUUAUGCUCAAAUUCAUGAUGGAUCGCACUACCAGCUGCUUAAGCGUGAUGGCUUCUACGAGUCUUAUGCACGCGAGUUUUAUGAGCUCAUUCGAACCACCAUGUUUAAGUACUCUUUGCAGGCUCGAAUUGGACGCAUGGACGGGAUAUUUAUUGCUUAUCACAAUAUCAGCACUCUUUUUGGGUUCGAGUAUCUACCGCUCUCGGAGAUCGAUAAGAUCUUCCACACUUCUCAUCUAGUCACCAAGUACACAAAGAAGAGUGAGGAUCUCGACGAGCAGAUGCAGAACGUUGCGUCUUAUAUUGCUGAAAAUGAGUUCAAGCUAUCAAUGGACUUGCUCUCAAAACUGUUCAAAUACAUUCUGAAGCGAGUUUCCUCUGAUCAAGCUCGUGAGGCCCUGAAUAUGGUUCUCCACUGCCCAGAUAAUGGCGAGCUGAUCGUUUUUGUCAAGCCCAUGCUCACUAAAGACAUUGGAGCCGCUCCCGAGACUGUGGUUCAGGAUGAAAACUAUAAAAUGGGACAGGAUCCAGCUACUGUUCUUCAGCAUUGGUCUGGCGGCAGAGACUUUGUGCCCCCCGACAUACUGGCCUACAAAAUCAGCCUCACCUCCUACGUUUCAGGGAAACCAGUUCCCAAAAGUGCACCGCCAAAGAUCUCACCUGGUGAUGCUUGGACAGUCAGAGUUGGUAUCGACGAACUCGAGGGGGAAGAUCUAAAAAAGGCCUACGAGGAUGCCAUGAGCAAACACUGUAGCCAGAUCGUGACAUCCACUCCAUUGACUGAGCGUUAUGAAGACGAAGAAGAGCUUCGCCGAGUUGCCUUGUCCAAGCUUCCAUCUCCCUCGGCGUUGCAGCAAACUCUUCGAAAAUUGAACGAAAAGGGCCAACGAUAUAAAAUGUGGGACCAGGCUCGGGAUAAAAUCUGGAACGGUGAAAGCUAG